AAACAAAGAAGCACUCCAAACAUCCUUGAACAAUUGUAUAAGAGACAACAGAAAAAGAGAAUGGGUAGUACUUAAGUCGCCAAAAGAAAAAGAAGUUAAAAGUUUAGUGAUCAGUAAAGUAGCUGCAAGUACAUCAAAAAAGUUACUUACUGAGCAUUGGAAGCUAAAAUAUCAAGAUAGAAUGAAUCAAACAUUAGUCAAGUGUGAUGGCUGCAAUCUCAAUCAAGUUGCCAAAGAAAAUAGCUGGUUAGGAAGUGACAGCUUAGCAGCUUCAAGUAAUCAGAAGAGUAUAGUUAAGGAAAUUCGAUGUGAGGACUUAGAAGUUGAGCUUAUUAAAAAACAGCAUUUGAAUGGCUCUUUUAAAAGAACAACAAAAGAAGCUGCAAGUCCAGACCGCAUGGGCAUAGGAUGGUUACAAAAGACCGAAGAAUCAUUGAGAUUCUUAGGACUAGCAGUCACAAAUAGUCGGAAGUGUUUAUAUGGUAAAGACGUGUAUACUCUUCGGGCCAUAUACCAAGCUGCCGUCUACGGUGGAACAAAAUCUAAUAAAAUCGAAAGCAUUGUUGGAUUUGGAUUGAUUGAAACUGGGUCUUCUGACUUGAUUUGUUCAGAUUUGACUAAAGUUAUUGUUUUGUUAAAUCAACAAUCAGAGCUAUUUGAUUUUCUUAGUGACUCUAAUCGUAGACCUAAAUCUGAUCAGCGUCCAGAUUAUGCGGUUUCAAUUGAUAAAGCAAUAAGAAAUCAUCGAAACCAUGAAUCAGAACACCCUUGA